AUGUCUACUGGUACUGUUGCUAUGGAUAUUGCGGGAAAGGGCAUUGACAUUUCUAAGGUCAGAGUGACCCCAGAUUUCCAUACAGUGAAUGUGUUCUGGGUGUGUAAGGGUAACUCUACAGAUGAAGAGACAGAAAGUUUGCUUAAUAGUGUUGCUGGAGCAUUGCGCCAUGAACUAUCAACCCUCCGAGUUAUGGGAGAAAUCCCUUAUAUUGUUUUUGUCAAAGACAAGCAUGAGGCGUUGCUGGCCGAUUUGGAUCGCCGUUUGACUUAUGCGGACUAUGGCGAAGACUACACUGCCACUGAAAUUGGUCACUUGUUGAAGACCGAAUUCUCUUUAAACACGAAGCUCUCGCCAGAAAUGAAGGCAAAGAUAGCUCAACUGGAAGAGAACCUCCCUAUCGAGGAAGAUCCGAUACCGGAAAUGACGCACAACGUGUACGGCUUAGAUCACGCGAUGAUUAUGAACAGGCUUCUUGCGGCGAGGAGGAAGAGCAAGGACGCGUGGUGCAGUCUCAAGGAGGAAUCCCCAGUAGUGUCCUACAGAGCAGGCUCAUCCAAGGCGUCUGAGCUGGACGUCGGCAGACAGAAAAAAGAAUUGGCUGAAUUUCUACUCAAAAGACAGAUUCUGGAGAAUAAACUACGCAAGCAGAAACGCGACGCCCGAGAAUGUUUAGUGGCUAGCAACGAAGAAGAAACAGACGAGAACGACGAAUACGAUGAAUUUGAGGAAGACUAUUGCGAGGAAUACGACGAACCUUAUUACGACGAGUCAAACCUAAAGGAAAAUAACGAAGAACGCAGAUUGAAA